CACUUCAACAUAAUUUUUCCACCGGCUCUAAACAUAUUUCACUUUCCUUCUUUCUAUAAAUACCCUUCACGUAUGAAGUUUUAUUUCACACUUGUCUCUCUUUGAAUUCUUUCUUUCUUCUUCAAAAAUGAAGAAUAUUAGUGUUAGAGUUGCUCUUCUUGUUUCAUUGUUCAUUCAUGCUGCAAUCACUACUACCGCUGCUCCCACAUCAUGUGUUCACCCACCUAAUUGCAAAGAGGCCGCCACAACUACUACUCAUAGUGCUUCCGCGGUCACUACUACCGCUGCUCCCACAUCAUGUGUUCACCCACCUAAUUGCAAAGAGGCCGCCACAACUACUACUCAUAGUGCUUCCGCGGUCGCUGCUCCCACAUCAUGUGUUCACCCACCUAAUUGCAAAGAGGCCGCCACAACUACUACUCAUAGUGCUUCCGCGGUCGCUGCUCCCACAUCAUGUGUUCACCCACCUAAUUGCAAAGAGGCCGCCACAACUACUACUCAUAGUGCUUCCGCGGUCACUACUACCGCUGCUCCCACAUCAUGUGUUCACCCACCUAAUUGCAAAGAGGCCGCCACAACUACUACUCAUAGUGCUUCCGCGGUCGCUGCUCCCACAUCAUGUGUUCACCCACCUAAUUGCAAAGAGGCCGCCACAACUACUACUCAUAGUGCUUCCGCGGUCGCUGCUCCCACAUCAUGUGUUCACCCACCUAAUUGCAAAGAGGCCGCCACAACUACUACUCAUAGUGCUUCCGCGGUCACUACUACCGCUGCUCCCACAUCAUGUGUUCACCCACCUAAUUGCAAAGAGGCCGCCACAACUACUACUCAUAGUGCUUCCGCGGUCACUACUACCGCUGCUCCCACAUCAUGUGUUCACCCACCUAAUUGCAAAGAGGCCGCCACAACUACUACUCAUAGUGCUUCCGCAACCACUACUGCUGCUCUUGAUGCUUCUGUCAUCAAUUCCGCAAUCACUACUCCUAAUGUGACCGCCUCCACUGCACCUCUCACCCCAUAAAAGUAGUGAAGAGAAGUGAUGUAAUAAAACUUGGAUGCAAUUUGUUGGUGUGUUUGUUUCAUUGUGUGUGUGUGUUUUUGUUUCAGUAUGUGUUUUUGUUUUUUGGUGUUAAUGUUUCAGUAUGUGUUUGUUUCAACGGGUUUGUUUGUAGUGUGACUGAAGUGAAAUAUUAGAAUAUCAUAAUUAAUGUUCUUAUUUUAUUUUAA